CCCGCCUCCGGGGCUUGGGUCAAAGGAGAUCCUGGAAGAGGCACUGCUGCUAACUUCUUGUCGCCGGCUCCUGACCCCUCCCAGGACCCGUGAUGCCAAGGCAGCUGCAAGGGGCGACGAACAGUCGGGGUUGAACCCCGAGUGAGCUGAGGGCUCGCGCUCUUCUAGUCUCCCGGGCCUGCCCCACCUGAAGAAAUGAGUGGUGGAUUGGCCCCAAGUAAAAGCACAGUGUAUGUAUCCAACCUGCCCUUUUCCCUGACCAACAAUGACUUAUACCGGAUAUUUUCCAAGUAUGGCAAAGUUGUAAAGGUUACUAUAAUGAAAGAUAAAGAUACCAGGAAGAGUAAAGGGGUUGCAUUUAUUUUAUUUUUGGAUAAAGACUCUGCACAGAACUGUACCAGGGCAAUAAACAACAAACAGUUAUUCGGUAGAGUGAUAAAAGCAAGCAUUGCUAUUGACAAUGGAAGAGCAGCUGAGUUCAUCCGAAGACGAAACUACUUUGAUAAAUCUAAGUGUUAUGAAUGUGGGGAAAGUGGACACUUAAGUUAUGCCUGUCCUAAAAAUAUGCUUGGAGAACGUGAACCACCAAAGAAGAAAGAGAAAAAGAAAAAAAAGAAAAUUCCUGAACCAGAAGAAGAAAUUGAAGAAGUAGAAGAAAGUGAUGAUGAAGGGGAAGAUCCUGCUCUUGACAGCCUCAGUCAGGCCAUAGCUUUCCAGCAAGCCAAAAUUGAAGAAGAACAAAAAAAAUGGAAACCCAGUUCAGGGGGUCCCUCAACAUCAGAUGAUUCAAGACGCCCAAGGAUAAAGAAAAGCACAUAUUUCAGUGAUGAGGAGGAACUUAGUGAUUAAAAUUAUAUAUAUUAUGUCAAUAUCAUUAAAAAAAUUUUUUAAAUCUUGGAGUACCAAGUUCCAUUGGGACUAAAGAUUACUUUUAGAAUUUGACCAUAAGAACACUUAGUAUCAAAUAGUUUUUUUACUUUAAAAUAGUUCAUAGGAAAUUGAAAAGUAAUUUUAAAGUAUCAUGUUUAUCUUGCAUCAAGAUUUGCUAAUAAUCAUUAAUCUUGAAAACAGUUCAUUUGAAUAAAAAAGAAAACUUAAUACUAUCAUAAUAAUGCUAUUGUCAUCCCAAGAAAAAAGGUAGAUAAGUAAAAAGAUUUGUUUGAGAAGUUCAUUAUAAAAGUUUAUUCAUGAUUGGCUUAUUUGAG